CAAAAGCUUCACAGCAGGCCUGGUCGUGACGCGGCAGAAAUAGCCCACUGCCAGAUAGCCUAACUUUAGUAGACCGACUUCAGAUUCCUGCCAACAACUUAACAGUCAAAGUUUUAAAAGAAAGUUGUUCACUUGUUUUGGGGAGAAAGUUUUGGUUUUGGCCAUUGCGCGCCGACCUUGGGAAGUUCUUUUGUUUUUGGAACGCACUGGACGAGAGAGCCGUUUUUUGCUGAGCGCCUGAGCUGGUGGCGCGUGCCGUGCGAUGAGCGUGUCCGUGCAGCAGAGAUCCUCGAGGAAGCCCUCCGACACCGCCAUGGACGACCUAGAAAAGCAGCUGAUAUGCCCCAUAUGCCUGGAGAUAUUCAGCAAGCCCGUGGUCAUUCUGCCCUGCCAACACAACCUCUGCCGCAAAUGCGCUAACGACAUUUUUCAGGCCUCGAACCCGUACCUGUCGACGCGCAGCUCGGCGGUGGGUUCCGGUGGCAGGUUCCGAUGCCCGUCCUGUCGCCACGAGGUGGUUCUGGAUCGCCAUGGUGUCUACGGCCUACAGCGGAACCUUCUGGUGGAAAACAUCAUCGACAUGUUCAAACAACAGGAACAGGUCAACAGCAGUCCGCCGGAGCCGGAGGUGGUGCAGAAGGAGGGGCCUAUGUGUGAGGUGCACGAGGACGAGCGAAUCAACAUCUACUGUGUGACCUGCGCCACGCCCACCUGCUCCAUGUGCAAGGUGUUUGGAGCCCACAAGGACUGCCAAGUGGCCCCCCUCAACAACGUCUACGACACACAGAAGGCAAAGCUUACAGACUGUAUAUCGAUGCUGGUUGGCAAUAACGACCGUAUCCAAGGAGUCAUCGGACAACUGGAGGAGAGCUGUCGAAUCGUAGAGGAGAACGGGAGUCGUCAGAAGUCUCGUGUGUGUGAGUCGUUUGACCACCUGUACGCUCUGCUGGAGGAGCGCAAAGGAGAACUGAUGGCCACCAUCUCAUCAGAACAGGACGAGAAGGUGACCUACAUCAAUCGUUUGCGUCGCUGCUACACUGAGCAUCUGGAGAACAUGGCCAAGGUGCUGGAGGAGGGCAUAAAGAUCAUGGACGAACCCGAGAUGGCAGUCUUCUUACAGAAUGCAAAGCCCCUGCUGACGCAGAUCACGGAGGGCACUAACACAAGUCACCUGGAGAAGCUGGAGAGAGGCUACGAGGACAUGGAUCACUUUACUGCUAACUUCAAUAGAGUCAGGCAGGCCCUGCACAACGUGGACUUCAACAGGGAGGAUGAGGAAGAGGAGGAUGAGGAGGAGGAAGCAGAGGGCGGAGCUGUAUCAAGCCCCACCCCUCGACCCGCAGUCUCCACCCCCACCCCCCGGCCUGCAUCAACACUAGGGUCAACCCCCACCCCUCGGCCUCCAUCCAGCCCCGCUCCUCAGCAGGCCGCAGCCACAUCAAGCUCCGCCCCCGUUGCUACGCACAACCCCCCGCAGAGCCUGAAUCAGACUCCUAAGCCCCUCCCCACACCACCCGUGGCCACAGACACAUCAGCACAGGCCACAGAAAUCAUCCUGUAA